AUGAAGACAUUGAGCAGAACAACGGAGUCUCGCUGUAGUUCCACGCUCAUCCAGAUGAGGCGCUAUAGAGCGGAAGUCUACCCCUUCCUCUUCCCUUCGGUCAUCAGCACCCUGAAUCUGCCCUCUCCAACACAGACCCUCAACACCCCCAGCAGUGGAGGAAGCCCAUCACCUGUGGCCAUUGAGACUCAAAGCACCAGUUCUGAAGAGUUGGUCCCCAGCCCUCCCUCUCCUCUACCCCCUCCCCGCAUCUACAAACCCUGCUUCAUCUGCCAGGACAAGUCUUCAGGGUACCACUAUGGUGUCAGUGCAUGUGAAGGCUGCAAGGGUUUUUUUCGCAGAAGUAUUCAGAAGAACAUGAUGUACACAUGCCACAGAGAGAAAAACUGCAUUAUCAACAAGGUGACGCGGAACCGCUGUCAGUACUGCCGACUACAGAAGUGCUUUGCUGUGGGAAUGUCCAAAGAGUCUGUCCGGAAUGACAGGAAUAAGAAGAAGAAGGAGAUUCCGAAGCAGGAGAUGGCUGAGAGUUAUGAACUGACAGCAGAACAGGAGGCCAUCAUUGAGAAAAUCCAGAAAGCUCAUCAAGAGACUUUUCCUUCACUCUGCCAGCUGGGCAAGUACACCACGAACUCCAGUGCGGAUCACCGCAUUCGUUUGGAUCUGGGUCUGUGGGAUAAGUUCAGUGAACUGGCCACUAAGUGCAUUAUUAAAAUCGUGGAGUUUGCCAAACGAGUUCCUGGUUUCACCGGACUCACCAUGGCUGAUCAGAUCACACUGCUCAAAGCUGCCUGCCUCGACAUAUUGAUCCUGCGUAUCUGCACACGUUAUACCCCUGACCAGGACACGAUGACGUUUUCAGACGGUCUUACGCUUAACCGUACACAGAUGCACAAUGCCGGCUUUGGUCCGCUCACGGAUCUAGUUUUCACCUUCGCCAACCAACUCCUGCCCAUCGAGAUGGAUGAUACGGAGACGGGACUGCUCUCCGCCAUCUGCCUCGUUUCUGGAGAUCGUCAGGAUCUUGAAGAGCCCUCAAAAGUGGAUCAGUUGCAGGAGCCCCUGUUAGAGGUGCUGAAGAUAUACGUGAGGAAGCGGCGACCUAGUAAACCACAUAUGUUCCCCAAAACCCUCAUGAAAAUCACAGACCUACGCAGCAUCAGUGCUAAAGGUGCCGAGCGUGUAAUCUCUUUGAAGAUGGAGAUCCCUGGAUCCAUGCCUCCUCUGAUCCAGGAGAUGCUGGAGAACUCUGAGGGUCAGGACGGGCAGAACUCCACAGAGCGGGGCAGCUCGGAUAAGACCAUGUGCGGUUCCACAGAGCCCAAAACCUCGGCCCCCUCACCGGAGCACAAAGAUGAUUCUUUGUCCGGUUCCUUCAGUGAGAAACCCUAGA